AUGAACCUAUUCGCGCAAAAUUCCCUCUUCAUAACCUCAAAUGGCGGUGAAAAAAAUAUCCAAGGAGAAAAGAGGACUGCUGGUAGGAAGAAGGAAAAGUUAGAGAAGCCGACUGCAUUGUUGGCCGGUCGCAGACGUAGGAGGGCAGAGAGCCACUUCAACAACACUGGCAGUACAGGAGCACGUCAAGUGACUACCGACGUGUUCGAGCACUACGCUACGUGGGGAGUUCAAACCACACAUGGUUUGGUCCUAUUUACGCAUCCCGACACCGUUGCCAAUGAGUAG